AUGUCCCUUACUCCUGUCACCUCGGAGUCAGAGUCUCCCUUAUCCGCCAUCGUCGACAUUACAUAUGCGGCGAACACAGGCUUCAGGCUCAUAAAUGGAGUGAAGAGUGCAAUUGACAAUGUCACUUUGACCUUCUGCAAUAAGGGGUCUGCGGAGGCCUUCAGGCAGAAGGUGGAGCAGCAAAAAGCUGGUGCCGUAUUUUCCGCGCCACCCAAGAGCGUGCAUAGCAUGGCUAUGAAGCAUUCAAUGGCGUUUAUCGACAUGACCUUGGAUUCGGGAGAUGAUCGGUCAAUUGAUUCUCUGGCUGACGCCGGUGCAAGCAACGAUGGGAAUACCUCUGCCACCGACAUGUCAUCGCCUUUGCAGACAAAAGGUCCGAAGGUUGCUCGGUCACAAAAGAAACAGCUGGUCACCUCAUUUGCUCGACCUGGUCAUAACCUUGGUAACGUUACACCGUUUCUCAAGAAGUCUCGUCAUAAUCAGGAGUUUGCCGAGCGCCUGCGCGCUUCUCAAGAAGACCCAGGCUCUCCGGUUACAGAAGCCGCAAGAACUGCACAUAAACCAGGCACACGAAAUACACAAGGCAAGAAGUCGCCACAUGGUUUGACGGAAAGUACCACCCAGAAAAGGCCAUUGUCUCGCUCCAAUGUGGAAACCUUUGCUUCUGUUCAUGAAGACCGACUCCGGAGUUCGAACCGGCUCGUUUCUCCCAAGAAGCCAGAUCUCACACCGUCAAUUACCAGCGUACCCCGUACGCUACCCACAUUGCUAAUAGCUGAACCGAAACCUGCAUCUAAAAAAAGACGAAACGGGACCUCAAAUACCACUGGAAAAGAACCCCCUAGCAAGGCCUACAGGAGUUCUCAUAAAGAGAAACCUCAAGCAGUGCCCACAAUGGUCCUCUCGAUUAGUCCUGGAGGUGACAGAGGGAGCCGUGCUUCUACACCGGCACCACCGGCGAAGGUACCUCUCAAACGGAGAGCAAUUAAAGAGCCUGCCAGGGCCGGUAUGCCAUCACAAAGACUUGGAGAAGAUGCCUCAACUGCAGACGAAUACGAUUUUCCGCCUGGGGACAGCGAUCAGACUCGCCCCCAAAAGAAGACAAAGACGGAGGGGUUGAAUCACCUUGUCAAGAAAGCACUGGUCAAAGAUACCGCGGGAACGGUGAGCGGAGCCCAGAAACGAGCGGCGUCUCAGAAACGCGCACCCGAGAAAAGCAAACGGAAGCACAACACUAUGCGGUCGCCAAACAAACAGGAGAAGGUCACUGCAGCAACUACUCGGGGGAGACGUGCUGCGAAGACACCUAAGUAUGUGGAACAUUCUGACAUUAGCGACGAAGAAGCUUCGGACGGGGCCUCGGAGGUUUCAACAGCGCAAGAAGAUGCGAGAGAGAUUAAUGACCCUAAGGACUACGCCGAAGACUCACAUCCACUGAGCAAAGAAGCUCUGGAGAUCGCUCUGCAAGCUUCGAAUCUCAAUUUAGAAUCAAACCUCCAAGAAUUGGCCGAUUCCACAGAUCUCAACACUCGAUGUGCUUCUGUGAAUACUUCUUCUCUUACAACUGCCCAAAUUACACCGAAGCAUACGUCAAAGCGGCUCAGCGAAGGAUCGAUUCCUCCUGUGAGCGAGAAACUGGUUCGUAAGACAACGAUUGUUCAUUUCGGCCCUCAGGGCCCUGGUAAUCAAGCUGUCCUUCCGAGGUUUCUUGCUGAGGAGGUGCCCGAGAGCGUCCCCCUGGAGGAUGAGGCUCCCCAAACUCUGGACCAGGAAGCCGAGAAAAUUCCGAGUUCGCCCAUAAUUGAGCUUAUUCAAGGCGAUGUGCCAGAGCAGGAGGCUAACGGCAGUGGGAAAGAGUGCGAAGUUCCUACCGUCGAACGAAGAAACAAGUCGAUUAUUGUGCCCGAAGCGUCUCCUAUCUCAGACUCCGAGGUCUCCACCUUGGAAGUGAGCUGCGAACAGGAAGCUCCUGGCUACGUCGAUUCUGAGGGGCAUGAUGAAACCGUUAACUGUUCUCCUCAUCCACGCAGGUCUGAUGCUGCUGAACAACGGCCUCUGCUUCUCAUCAAUGAGCCGGCCUUGAUAGAUCGAGGUGAUCCUAGAAUUACCAAAUCCCCUGAAGCACCUGCGCGGCGAUCAAUCAGUGUUGGUGCUGUCUUGGAUGAAGAUUAUCCCCAUGUUGAAAGAGUCAUCAAUACUCACAAGAUCCAGCCUAGUCUUCAUCUAGAUCAGCACGCAACGAGGUCCAACCUCGACAAAUCCGACAAGUCGUCCAUUUCCAAGCUUCCACAGCCGACAAUAACUCAAAAUCAUACCUCGAGGCCCACGCUCAGGGUCUCUCAAGCUUCAUUUGUACCUGGAGAAAGAGAACGUAUGGGACCUCCUGCACCUAGACAAGUACCAUCUCGCUCGACCGACGUCACUCGUCUUCCUGACCGGACUCCCCCAGUUAGAGCAGAGAACAAACAGUCAAUUGUCGUCGAAGUCACAACUACUGAAAUGCAGAAGCCAGCAAUGUCGGCUCCCGUGCGGAUCAAGAAGACUAUCCUUCUCCCCAAUAGUGCGACAUUAUCUGAAACCGAUCUCCCUCCUGCAACACCUCUCUCCUUUUGCACCCGUCUAGACAUGGAAGCACAUACGCAGAUUGAGGAUGGAGUGGAUGCCAAUGACUUGACGGUAACGGAGGAGAGAGAGACUGCCCGACGAACUGGAGACGCAAGCUUAACUCUCAUUGAUGAUGAAACAUUUUCUGAGGAGCGGAGAGUAUUGCGAACCAGAAGAGCAGGAAGGCAGCAUGCUGAAUCAGCAGAAGAUAUGUCUUCAAUCACAUCACCCUCUCGGCGCCAAAAGAAUGAGUGGGUAGGGCGAGAAAUUAAUGUUCGGAAGUCACAACACGGCCUUCUCGAUGCGAUUUUGCAGAUAACAAAUGAUAUUCUGUUUCGCUUUGGGGAGGAAGAAGAUGCCGUCCGAGCCAGAAUCGCCGAACUGUACCGGGGUGGGGACGACAUCAUCCAAACCCUGACCGACAGCUGGAACGAUCGCUUGGGACAUGAACAUCAGAAUCUGGUCAAAGGACUCUCUACAGAAAAGGAGAUGAUGGCAAAAGCUGUCCAGCUUGUUGCAGAACAGGACUCUAGCUUAUGGAGAGAUAAAAUUGUUUCCAACCCCGGUGUGCCAGCUACGGCAGCAAGCAAAGCUCAUGUCCUGGUGGCCCAGAUCGAGGCACUGAGGAAGAACCAUCCGCAGUUCGUCUAA